UCACGUGACCGUCGGAGCAUCAUGGCGGCGCGGCGCGUUGUUCCGCUGCUGUUGUUGCUGUGCGCGCUGCGGGGCGAGGCCGGCGGCUCCUACAACGGCCCCGGCAAUGGCCCCGGCAAUGGCCGCCCCGGUGCCCCCCCCAGCUUCGUGGUGCUGCUGGCGGACGAUCUGGGCUUCGGCGACCUGGGCAGUUACGGGCACCCCUCGUCCGCCACGCCGAACCUGGACCGGAUGGCGGCACGAGGGCUGCGCUUCACCGACUUCUACAGCAGCUCCGCCGUGUGCAGCCCAUCCCGGGCCGCCCUGCUGACCGGCCGCUUCCAGAUGCGCUCCGGGAUUUACCCCGGUGUGUUUUACCCUGACUCCCGGGGAGGCCUCCCACUGUCUGAGGUCACCAUUGCGGAGGUGCUGAAGGCCAAAGGCUACGCCACGGCCAUAGUUGGCAAAUGGCACCUCGGUGUGGGGGCUCGUGGCUCCUUCCUGCCCAUCCAUCAGGGUUUCGACCACUUCCUGGGGGUGCCGUACUCCCACGACCAGGGCCCCUGUCAGAAUCUCACCUGCUUCCCACCUGACAUCAAGUGUUUUGGGACCUGUGACCAGGACGUCGUGCCCGUCCCUCUGCUCUGGAACCAAAGCAUCGUGCAGCAGCCGGUUUCCUUCCCUGAUCUGGUGCCACUUUACAACAAAUUUGCACGGGACUUCAUUGCCGACUGCGCCCGGCGAGGUGUCCCCUUCCUGCUCUACUACGCCUCCCAUCAUACCCACUAUCCCCAGUUUGCAAGCCAGGAGUAUGCAGGGCAGUCCCAGCGUGGGCCGUUUGGUGAUGCCCUUUCAGAGUUCGAUGGCUCGGUGGGACAGCUGCUGCAGGCGCUGCAGGAGAAUGGUCUCGAGAACACGACCUUUGUGUUUUUCACCUCUGACAACGGCCCUUCUACCAUGCGGAUGGCACGUGGAGGCAGCUCUGGCCUUCUGAAAUGUGGGAAGGGCACAACGUAUGAAGGUGGCAUGCGGGAACCAGCAGUGGCCUAUUGGCCAGGCCGCAUCGCUCCAGGAGUGACUCACGAGCUGGCGAGCACCCUGGACAUCCUGCCAACACUGACUGCCCUGGCUGGAGCAGCUCUUCCCAACGUUUCCUUGGAUGGUUAUGACCUGAGUCCACUGCUGUUUGAGUCAGGGAAGAGUCCCCGUCAGACCAUGUUCUUCUACCCACCAUCCCCUGAUCCAGUGCACGGCCCCUUUGCUGUCCGGCUCGGGAAGUACAAGGCCCACUACUUCACACAAGGUUCCUUUCACAGUGAUACAACCCCAGACCAGGCCUGCCACGGGCUGACCCCGCUGACCCAUCACGAGCCCCCACUGCUCUUUGACCUGGAGUCAGACCCUGCCGAGAACUACAAUUUGUUGCAGGGUGCUGCAGGGCCAGAAGUUUGGCAGGUCCUGAAGGACAUCAAACUGCAGAAGACGCUUUUUGAGCAACGCAUGGAGUUUGGGGAAAGCCAGAUGAGGAAGGGUGGGGAUCCUGCCCUGGAGCCCUGCUGCAAGCCAGACUGCACUCCCAAGCCCUCCUGCUGCUGCUGCUCGUAACCUUUUGCUGCUCCACCCCCCUCUGCUGAUCCUAAACCCACCAGACCUGCCCCUCCCCUCAAUUAACCACAUGUAGCCUCAGAGCUACCCCAGAGCUUCAGCUCAGUGACAGCGCUGACUGAGGGAGUGCUGGCCCGGUGAGCUGAGGGUUGGGGAGGCUGCCAGCCCUGCUGGGUGUGCAGGUCAUCGUUGGACCUCCAAGCUGUGAUCUGUUAACAGAAGCUCUGAGGGACCAGGACGCAGAAUCAUCGGCAGAGCCAACACAGCUCCUUUGGAACUACAGUUAAGCACAAGAUAUGCCCUGGUGGCUGGAGAUCCUGACUCAGCAGGAGGUACAAUGUGCAGCCCUCAUGGGAGCAGUUGUGAGCUGCAGCAGCAUCGCUGUCCAGGGGAUAAGAACACAGCAAAGAGCAGGAUGGUCCUGACAGCUUCAGAGAGGGAGCCUUGUACAGUUAGUGCAGAGAGGAUGUGCCAAUCAAUCAUAGAACUGCUCAGGUUGGAAAAGACCUUAAAGAUCAUUGAGUCCAACCUGAACCCAACCUUCCUCCCCUGACUAACAGCCCUCCCUGAGCACCACAUCCAAGUUUGGUGACUCCAGCACCUCCCUGUGCAGCCCAUUCCAGUGCUUCACAGCCCUUCCUGUAAAGAAGUGUUUCCUGAUAUCCAACCUAAACCUCCCCUGGCACAACUUGAGGCCAUUUCCCCUCAUCCCGUCACCACUUCCCAUAACUCCAGAAGGUGGAGAUGUGGCUGACCUGCUCCUUCUGUGAGGUCUGUGGAUGCUGGAGCUGCCUGCAGUCGGGUGGGCUGCAACUCACAUUCCACCUGUGUGACAAAAAUGGUCUCUUGCUCGUGACCUAAUUGGUGUUCAUUAGUGAUGCCCAGUGAUCCCAGCAGUAGGUGGCCUUUGGCAUCUGGGGUUUCCAGCUGCUGGGUUGGACCUGGAUCCCCCCUGGAUGGGGACAAGAUGGGAAUACUGGGGCUGUGCCCCUGGGAAAGGGGAGGCUGAGUGGGGAUCUGAGCAGUGCUGAUGGAUACCUGACAGGGGCUGCGAGUGGCCAGUGGUGCCUGGGGUUGGACUGGAGUCCCUUCCAGCCCCACAGCUCUGGGGUUCUGGUUAAGGUUAAUUAAUAAUUAAUAAAAUAAUAAUAAUAAUUCUUAACAAAAACAUUAAGGUGGAUUAAUGUGAUUGGAGGCAGGACUCAAUAAAACAACUAACUCAGCAUUCA